AUGCUCAUUAUAACGGUAUUCAAACGCUUGAAACUUUUCUUCAGGAGACUCCGGCUCGGUAUAUACAUCUUCAGGAUGCAGCCGUCGCGGCGUGGGGCCGAGGUCAAGAGGAGGUGGCUCUGCGCCACGUACAGGUGGUUAGGAUACCCAGCUCUGGUGCAGACCAUCGAAGACAUGAUUGUGGCUGUCUGGAAUGAGCACAAUCAC